UUCAGUGACUCAGGAACAUGUUGGGGCAAGUACCGACGUCAAAAACUUUGAAAUAGCUGUUUAUAUGUAUUUAACUGUAUAAACCUCGACAUUAAGUUAUCGUCUUUAGGCGUUUUUCGUGUGAAGGUCGACAGAAUGUUUAUUCGUAAUCAUGUGAUGUCUGUUGGAGGCAUCAUGUACCAGUGCACCUCCCUCCCUGUGAGAAACUUCUCUGUCUGCCGAUACCUAAGCUCCCCAAAAAGACGCAGCUCAUACAGUUUAGUAGACAGUGAGCGGUACUCCUCUCUCGUAAAGACGGUCAUGUCCUCCAAAGUCAGCUCCCAAACUCCAGAGACUCUACUUGCGGAAGAUGAGCACAUCUAUGGACGUGUAGUCAAGGCUCAUAUGCCCCCCACAGUGUCCGAGAUGAGGGAACCGAAAUCCCUCCAUCCGUUCUUGCUUCAUGAAAAGACUGAAGAAACAGACGAGGCAGAGUCAGGACCUCCACUACGGAUCAUUCUAAAAAGGGGUCAAGACAGGGCUUCCAUACCGAGUGUGACGCGUGUUCUUCAGCAGACGCUUUCCUCGGAACAGAUCUUUUAUCUGGAGAGAUGGAAGAAGAAGAUGAUUGCGGAACUUGGAGAAGAUGGCUUCAAGGAAUACAGUCAAAACUUGUUUAGGCAAGGGAAACGUUUCCAUACAGCAGUGGAUGACAUUCUGAUGUCAGAUGCAACAAAGAAGGACGGACAUGCUUCGGACACACUAGAGCUUCCUCCUGAAAUUCAGGGUUACAUGGAGAGCAUCUCUCACAUACUGGAAGAUGUUAGUGCAGUGAGAGCUAUUGAAAGCACUGUACAACAUGACACCUUAAAGUAUCUGGGAAUUGUGGAUUGUGUCGCUCGCUACAGAGGUGUACUUUGUGUUAUUGACUGGAAGACGUCAGAAAAGCCAAAGCCAUUCCUGAGCAACACGUACGACAACCCCAUUCAAGUGGCAGCCUAUGCUGGGGCUCUGAACAACGACGGCAACUACAAAUACCAGGUUGAACAUGGACUCAUUGUAGUGGCCUAUAAGGAUGGCUCACCAGCCCACGCUCAUAAGUUGAGCUCAGAGCUGAUGCUGCAGUACUGGAACAUUUGGUUGCAACGUCUUGAGAAGUUUACAGAACUGAGUUCCAGUCACGUGUCAAGUGCCUUCUCGCAAAAGAAAUGAGAUGUUGAAGAGAGUUCUAGGUCCAGUAUAAAUCCCAUCGGAGCUGGAUGGCUUUACAGGAUCAUAAAGUGGAUGAGGAGGAUUUGCCAUUUGAAUUUCCUGUGGUGGACCUUGGUGAGGUGCUACACGAGGAUCCAGGAGAAGAUGGAGGUGCCCAAUACUAAAACUCAAAUCAAAAUCCCAAUCAUGGAUUAUAUAACUACACACGUGCCACAGUCCCAAGGUGAUAUACCUUAUGAUCAAGAUUACAAUUGCCUUACAAUAUCUUUAAAAUAUCACAUGAAAAAAAAAAACCCAGUUACAAAAUCAGUAAUUGAAAUGAAUCCACCCUGCCCUGUAUGAGGGAUCCUCAGUAAAGCCAAGGUUUUUAAAGAGCCUGUAGGAAAUGAUGUUCUCCUCCUCGAUGAAGCAGAAGGCCGGGUGUCCCUCAGCACAGAGUCUUUUUGCCAUAGUGCUGACCAGAACUUUGGCAUACCCUUUCCCUCUGUGCUCUGGCACAGUGUACAACAGGCCCAUGGCACAGUACUCGUACAACAGAAUCCAGGACACCGGCUGAUCCUGUCCGUCAGUGAUGCAGUACGACGGAUAAUUGCUAAUGAAAUGUUUAACGGUGUUGUAACUCUGCUCAUUCCCUCCAAACUUCCAUGUUUUAUUCACCAAGUCAACAUGGGAAAUGUCAAGGGAGGAAAUCCUUGAUUCAAGAUCACUGCAGGGAAAGAGACAUUUAUGAUACCAUUACUUGAUUAGGAAAACUUCUACUUUCAUAUACAGAUUUUAGUGAAAGUAUACUGAAGUUUUAAGAGCGUACCUAUCAACUGUUGGUGUGAGAAGAUGGCUGCUGUCUGCCAAAUACACGAGGUGAACCACACACAUGUAUCUCAACUUAACAUCUCUCUCAGAAGACACUUCUUUAAGUAUGGGGUCUUGGGACAAGUCAAAUCCUGAAGUAAAAAAAGAAAGAUUUGAAAACAUACUUCAAAUAGCAAAAGUUAAAGUAUCCACUGCUGAAAAAUCACAAACAUGUUGCUUGUGACAUAUUCUUACUGUGAUGGUUUUUGUUUUUGUUUUAAGAUUGUCAGAGUUGUAGAAUUCCAUUUAUAAUGUAGAAACUACAACAAUAAUGAGGCAAAGUGGUUCAACACAUAACUGAGAAAUGUAUUGAAGUGCAGUAACUAUUUAUGCACAGUGUAUUUUGUGUGCUCUUUUCGUCUCUGUCACACUGUAUGGUGGGGUUAAUAAAGUAUUCUUCAUUUGA